AUGUAUUUCCCGCGUUGGCUUCUCGCAACGCUCCCACUGGCGUCCCUGUCAUCUGGCCAGGAUUGCUACUGGCCCAACGGUGGGACGGCAUCCACGUUGAAGGCCUGCUCGGUAGCUUCCAGCAAUGAGGCUGCCGCGUGCUGCUUUGCGAAUCAUUACUGCAUGACCAACGGCCUUUGCCUGUCGCCGACGGAAGGAACAUGGUACCGCGGCGGAUGUACGGAUGAACAAUUCCAAAAGACCGGAUGCCCGAAAUUUUGCGAUACUAGUGACAUUGUAGGCGCAACAUCCGACCGUCACGUCGGCGUGUGGGCAUGCGCCUCCAGGGUUUUCGCCUGUAACAGCCUCGACAACUGCUCCAAGCAGAACUUCACUGUCGGUUCGUACAGGGCGGUGAUAAAUGCUGCCCUGUCAACGGACCUCUUCGACAGCGGGGCAACAGUGACGACUUCUAUCACGAGCUCGACGAGUGUAAGCACAGGAGCGGCCAGCGCCGCGAGUUGUACGUCUACGCAGCAGGCUAGCCAGGGAAUCACGACAGGUGCGGCAGCCGGGAUCGGAGUGGGUGUCGGCCUGCCGUUGGCUAUCGCGGUCGGCGCGUUAACCUUUAUGCUCAUCCAGCAGCCUGGCUACACUCAACAGCCUGGAUUCAACAAUCAGCAGCCAUACACCAACACGUCUUCGCCGUGGGGAAAACCAGAGGGACACUAUGCUCCCACCGCCGAGGUCCCGGGACAAAUGGUGCCACACGAGCUAGCAGACACCCAAGGCAGACACGAGCUUGGUCGUUGA